AUGUAUAACCAACUUUUAGGCAUGUCGAGGGAAAGGGACCUGUCGUUAAAGAUUUAUGUAGUAGGUGGGGUCUGUAAGGUUUUACUGAUUGAUACUGGCGGGGGUGGUUUAGAUAAAGACCAUUGGGGUACCAAUUUUGUGCUAACCUUUCCGAAAUUAACAGAUUAUAAGAAUAAAAACAUGGUUGUUAUAACAGCACGUGAGGUAACAGAAGUCAGGGUGACGUCACAUCAAACAGGCGAAGUUUCGGCCUUUUCUUUAAGCGAGGGCGAGGCAGGAAGGGUGAUUUAUGGUAAUGAGGUUGAAACGGCUUCUUAUGGAGUAAAACUUGAGGAUUUGGCGAUAUCUGUUGUAGCCUCAAAUAAAAUAUCUGUAUAUGCCUACGGUUACUCGGCUCAUUCAACAGAAGGAAUGUUAAUACUGCCAGUUCCCUCGCUCGGAAUUGACUAUUUGGUAGCCAAUUUUUAUAAUCAAACUUCAUCGACACAGACUAUAAUUAUAGCAGCCGACAAUAAUACUGAGGUCAACAUUCAGUUUAAGUUGGAAGCAAAUACACAUUGUGAUGUUGGUUUUAACGGGUUUUACGACGGUGACAAUUUUGAUUUCAUUUUGAAUGAUCACGACGUUCUUAAUAUUAACUGUGAAUGUGAUAAUACCGGAAGUCGCAUUACGUCGAAUAAACCAAUAGGUGUCAUAACCGGAAAUAGAAACGUGAAAUUACCAAUGACAUCCAGAAUUGACCCAAUUAUGGAAAUGCUGCCACCAGUUACUGAAUUAGGAACCCAAUUUUCUUUAAUAGCUCCUACAGGUCACACAAGUCAAAAAUCAAUGCUGCGAGUAGUGUCUCUUAACUCGGGAACAUCAUUUGAAAUAAAAGGAGAACUGUAUACUCCAUUGAAAGGAGAAGCAGUAGAUAUUAAAUAUUUAAGCCAGUCCGAGAAAAUCUGUUUCAAUGCCACUGACAAGGUUAUAGUUGUUAUAUUUAUGUUAGGAGAUCCCGUAUCAUGGUAUUACGACGGAGAUGCCUAUAUGUCAGUCGUACCGCCCAUUGAUAGAGCAACAAAUGAUUACAUGGUUUUUAACAAUGCCUUAAAGUCUUUGGAUGAUUAUUAUAAAGGUGGAGUUAAUAUCGUUGCUCGAAAUUCCGUUACAGACGCAAUAAUUCCGUCUUUAAACUAUGACCAAUUAUGUACUGGCUAUAAUGUCCACAGUGAGAUAAUAGGAGAUAGUCAAGUUAAACAUUAUCAUGCCCCCUCACCAUUUUUAUUACUCAUUUAUGGAUAUUCAAUAAGAGAAGCGUUUGGUUUCCCUGCUGGUAUGAAAUUAUCUGUUUUUAGCGGUACUGAUGAAUGUGCCAGUUUUCCUUGUCAGAAUGGAGGUUGGUGUAUAGACACGACUACUUCGUUUAGAUGUCAUUGUGAAGAUUCGAGAUAUACUGGUACACAUUGUGAAAUAGGUAAAGCAAACAUUCCUAUUCUCCCCUUCACCGUCAUUAUCCAAAACAUACCAUGUUUAAAUAUUAUCAUCAUCAUCAGCAGCACCACCAAGAUAAUCAUCGUCAUUGUCGUUGUAGUUAGAAGUAAGAAAUUAUCCCGCUCAUCCCUCUUCAACAACAAGCAGGCAAUACAUCAUCAUCAUCAGCAUUAUCAUCAUCAUCAUCAUCAUCAUCACCAUCAUCAUCAUCCUCACCAUAACCAUCAUCAUCAUCAUAAUCUAGAUAAUCAUCGUGAUUCUCGUUCCGGUUAG